CCAUCCCCCAUCACAUCUUUGAUGCAGUCCCUUCCUCCUGUCCCGUCCCUGCAGGGUUCCAUUGCACCAGGCGAAAAGCAAGUGCUGAAAGUCUAUUACCUGCCAGGAAAGCAAGGAGUCUUCUGCAGGACUGUCCAGAUCCAAGUGGCUUAUCUGGAACCGGCAGAGAUCUUCCUGAAAGGAGAGGGGACCAUGUUUAGAAUCACCAAGGACCUACCCCGGAAAAGUUCGAAAGGAAAGAGGAAGAAAAGAAACCUGAAGGAAGAAAAAAGGAAGAGGGAUGAAUCAUCUGUCAUCCACCCUGAAGACAAACCCUGAGAAGUUCAGUCCUGAAAUUCUUUCUGAAACUGGGAAGCUCUUUAUGAAGAAGUUUUCUGUUGCUAAGCCUGUGAAUGCUUUGACAUGUCAUCACGUGGAAUUUCCCUUACUCUGAAGGACUCAAUGAAUGAAUUGAAGAACCUGAUGAGUGAGAAGAACCUCAAGUUCAUGCAAGGUGUGCAUUGGCACACCUCGUUUACCAAUAAAGCAGGGAAAAAAAAAAAAAGUCUUAUG